CCAGAGGAGGAGCACUGGCUGGAGCGAGCGGGUCUGUUGACAGCUGCUGACAGCUGGGGCAGGAGCAGGGGCCAAAGGGGGGCAGCGUCCUCAGUUCUCGGGUCCGCGAUCCUGGCAGCCUUCAGGUUUUGGCUGAACGAAAAGGACGCGCCUGCCAUCUGGUCGCCGCUGCCGGGAAGGGCUGUGUGGUGUCCUGGGGGCCGGUGGGCCCGGCGCGCUGACCGCGUUUCCCCUUUCCCGCUGAUUCCCCAUUUCCGCGGAGCCGGCUGCCCCCGGCUCUUGCGCGACGUUCCCUGGCCUUGCUGCCUGCCAGGGGCGCUGGAGGCCGGAGUCCCGGGGCCUGGCGGGGUCUGCGCACCCUGCGGUGGUGGAUGAGCGGCCCGGGAGGCGGGGGCUGAGCACGGCCCGGGACCCUCAGACACAGCGCCCUCUGCAGGACAUCUCCUUCCCUCCCUUCUCCACUUGGACACCUGUGCAGCUUCCAGGCACAAUGCACGUCCCCCCAGAUUUGCAUCUGCCUUUCCAGGGUGGCAGCAGAGGCUGAUGAGGGCCGUGGGCCACCUGAGGUGUGCCUGAUGCCCCACUCUGGCGCCUGGUGGCCGUGUGAUUGCCUUGAAGUCGGCUCUGCAUCUGCGUGCAGGGAGGAAGUGCAGCUCGCGGACUCUGGGGACUGCACGUGUGUGGGUCGUAGGAGGCGCCUGGCACCACUUAGCCUCCCGGGGUGGAUGCCGUCAGUCAUUACCGCAUUGCAAGGGCAGGACGAAGCAGGCACAGAGGGGCCAAGAACUCUGGCUCCUAGCCCCUCUGUUCUCUGUCUGUCCCCGGGGCCCCCGGGACUGGCGGGAUGAACUGAGGUCGUGCCGAGUAGCUUGCGCUGCUGUGCCAGGCUCACGGGCCAGCUGCUGGCGGGAUGGACGCCCUGGAGGAGGUGUUUCGGGCCAAUGGGAGCACAGCCCCGCCCCCGCCCGUGGCGCCCAACAUCAGCGUGCCACAUCGCUGUCUGCUGCUGCUCUAUGAGGAUAUUGGCACCUCCAGGGUCCGGUACUGGGACGUCUUGCUGCUCGUCCCCAAUGUGCUUUUCUUCAUCUUCCUGCUUUGGAAGCUUCCGUUCGCUCGGGCCAAGAUCCGCGUCACCUCCAGCCCCAUUUUUAUCACCUUCUAUAUCCUGGUGUUCGUAGUGGCGCUGGUGGGCAUCGCCCGGGCCGUGGUGUCCAUGACGGUCAGCACCUCGGACGCUGCCACCGUUGCUGAUAAGAUCCUGUGGGAGAUUACCCGCUUCUUCCUGUUGGCCAUCGAGCUGAGUGUGGUCAUCCUGGGCCUUGCCUUUGGUCACCUGGAGAGUAAGUCAAGCAUCAAGCGGGUGCUGGCCAUCACCACAGUGCUGUCCCUGGCCUACUCUGUCACCCAGGGGACACUGGAGAUCCUGUACCCUGAUGCCCACCUGUCGGCUGAGGACUUCAACAUCUAUGGGCAUGGGGGCCGCCAGUUCUGGCUGGUCAGCUCCUGCUUCUUCUUCCUGGUCUACUCUCUGGUGGUCGUGCUCCCCAAGACCCCGCUGAAGGAGCGCAUCUCCCUACCUUCACGGAGGAGCUUCUACGUGUAUGCGGGCAUCCUGGCGCUGCUCAACCUGCUGCAGGGGCUGGGAAGCGCGCUGCUCUGCGCCGACAUCAUCGAGGGGCUCUGCUGUGUAGAUGCCACCACAUUUCUCUACUUCAGCUUCUUUGCGCCCCUCAUCUACGUGGCCUUCCUCCGGGGCUUCUUUGGCUCGGAGCCCAAGAUCCUCUUCUCCUACAAAUGCCAAGUGGACGAGACUGAGGAACCAGACGUGCACCUGCCCCAGCCUUACGCGGUGGCCCGGCGAGAGGGACCGGAGGCGGCAGGGGCCGCGAGUACACAGUUCGACUCGGCUGGAGGGGUGGCCUACCUGGACGACAUCGCCUCCAUGCCCUGCCACACUGGCAGCAUCAACAGCACAGACAGUGAGCGCUGGAAGGCUAUCAACGCCUGAGUGUGGCCACCCUGGCAGGAAGGCCUGCUGGGGCCUGCAGAGGGCAGACUGGAGAGAAGGCCAGGGCGCGCAAAGCCCCUGGUGGAGGGGGACGAGGUCACAGGACCUUCUGUGGGCGGCAGCCCCGUGCGGGCCCUGUCCUGCCCUCUGCGUUGCCUGUGGCCACCUCUGCUCUAGCUGGGGGCCGCCUCCCCCUUCCACCUGCCCUCACCCUGCUCAGAGACAUGGCCCAGACUCUGAUCUCCCAGGGCCUGCUGAGGGCGUCUCCUUUCUCCAAAGCCUGCGCACCCGGGACCGGUCUGGCCUUCCUCGUCCCUUCCAAAGUCCCCUCCCCGUGGCACUUUGGCCUCUUCAGAGCCCACUCUGGCAGGUGGGCUGAAGUGUGGAUAUUUUCUUGAUCUAUUUUUUAAUAAAAAACAAAAGGAGCAGAA